AUAAAUAAUUUCCAUCCAGCCUGAAAUUUCCUUUGCAUGUUGUUUCUAAAGGCUCUAGUUUUCAGAUAUAUCGCUAAACUCUGAUACCAAGGCAACAGAUUUGUCAUUCUCACGUUCUUUAAAGUAAAUAUCAAAUAGAAUAAGAAAAUAAAACGAAUAUAUAAAAAAUACCACUUUUGACAAGUUAGGUUAAACAAGACAGAGAGAAGAAAAAGCCGUGACAGAAAGAGAGAGAUAAGCACCCUUUUGAAACCACGCAAACGUUUCUGCGUUCAAACAGGUUGUGCAAGUAACUUUCGUGGGCACAAAAUUUUGUGAAAGGAAGCGGUUGCUUACUUAUAUUCAUGUUAUAUUAGCAACAUGACUUACGGCGGGCUCAACUUGACUUCAUUACGAAUUAAGCAUUGCCGUUGUGAGGUCGCAAACAAAUCACACAAAUACCAGGGGCUGAUGGUGUAGGACAAAGUGUGAGGAAAGCCUGGUCUUGCCUCACUUUGAAUCCCCCAUCCCUAUCAUCACUCCGCUCAAAAUCAUAUCGCUACAUCCCAAAAGGCGGCUAGGGGGACUGGGUUUUGUGAACUGCGACUAAAGACAGGUUUUACCAAUGCAUUGCUGUAAACCUCAAUCCUCCGCAGGAAAAAAAAAAAUGGCGACUGGUAAAUUUACCCAUAAUUCGUAAAGCACGAAAACUUAAGCAACGCUCAUAAAAACGUAAAGAAACUGAAGUUCUAACAUAUUCAAACCUAGCAUACACUAUGUCGUUAGCAGAGGGACAAAUGUUGCAAAACUGACAUGACUUUCCUCGUACUUUAUGGGCUGUUUAAGGCCGCUAUCCUUUUUCCCAUGGAAUAUUCAUCCAUGAAGUAUAACUUAGAGUUAGAUGAAUUCCUUUCACUUCCAUAGGUCAACAUUAUUGACAGACAUAAUUUACGCGAGAUUCAUCAACGUGGGUGGACUGUUGUGGCUCGUAAAGGACCCGCUGGGAUCUACAUCAGGCAGGCCAAACCAAGCGUGCAGCAAUGGCAAAAGCCUGGCAAUUCUACCUUGUUUACCCCAGUUUCGCAAAAGAAAUCUGUAUUUGCGAGAAGUUAUCCCACCAGCCCGUUAGCCGUAUUUCCCUAGCUGUUAAUUAUGCCAUUUUAAUUAAGUACUUCUGGUGUAAAACUUAACCUUGUUGUGGACUAAUCAACAAAGACAUUCACCGAAGGGCCAUGCACAGAUCAAUAUACUUGUAUAAACCACUAACUAAGCUGAUAAAGUUACAAUCAGAUUGAAUAAUAAAAAAUAACCUCGGAUUAACUUGAUCAUUAGUGCGGGUAAAUCGCUUCAUCCUAACCACUAGAUCAAAGAUCAUUUCACAACGGCAGGUUAUUUUUGACACUUAAAAUGAAAGGUUUCCGACAAACAUAAGCUGCGGGGUUUCCGCUUGUUGUUAUGGAAAGGGAGGUUCAAUUCGCAGGUGUAAGCGAACAGGGAACAUUCUCGCGAAAGUGAUCUUUGGUUGGUAGUAUGGAAUAAAUGUCUUACAAACGGCAUAACCAACGAGAAUUGCACAGAAUUGACAGUCAUCACUGUUCCGUAACAUUGCCUUAGUAAUGAAUCUUUGGAGAAAGCAGCGUCUCACCUUGCUAGCUGUCACAAUAAUCCAAGUCAGCUGCGGUGGCACAACUCUUCUUGGUGAUAAGUUGUCGGUUUACCGGGCGGAAAGCUCGCCUAGAGAUUUUCAAUCAUGUGGAAAACGAUUUCUCCGUCCCCAAACCAAAAGGUAUGGGAAGGCGUGGACAAGAUCUCACGUGAUCAGCAAGCGAAUAGUGGGUGGGAGCAUGAGUGGUGACGGGGCGUGGCCAUGGCAGGUGGCUCUCUUGCUGGAUAAUACUCAAGUGUGUGGCGGCUCACUCAUCAAGUCUAACUGGAUUUUAACUGCCUGUCAUUGCUUCACAGAUUACAGAUCAUCAACGGAUCCGACUCGUUGGAAAGUUAAACUUGGUGCGCAUCAAAUUCCUUCGGAGACAGAAUUUGAAGAAACCAGGGAAGUGAAGAACAUUAUUAUGCACCCAAAGUAUUGGGGCAAGACUGAACAGGGAGUUCUUGUUCAACCUCCCGAUUACGAUGUCGCUUUAAUUGAACUUUCAAGUCCCGCCAUUUACAAUAGUCACGUGCUCCCAAUUUGCCUCGCCACAGCUAACAUGGUAUUUCCUCCCGGAAAGACCUGCAUCAUAACAGGAUGGGGGACUAAAGGGUGGAACAAGCCCCCGUCUAACUUCCUACAAGAAGCUUCAAUUCGUUUGGUUUCGAGAGAUGAAUGUAACGAAAAGAAUUCUUACAAUGGAACUGUUCCUCCAACGGCUUUGUGUGCGGGCUUCAAAGAUGGCAGUAUUGACGCAUGUCAAAAAGAUAGUGGUGGACCGCUGGCCUGUGAAUACGACGGACGCUGGUAUCUUUUGGGCGUCAUAUCAUGGGGAAAGAAGUGCGCACUUCCAAAUAAAUACGGAGUCUAUGCUGAUGUACGAGUGCUGCGCACGUGGAUCACAGACGUUAUUCAACAUUUAAAACAAUAAAUGGAAGAGAUAAAAGGCAAUUUUGAGUGAUUGUGUUUACCAGAUACUACGCGCGCUCUAAUUGGUAAAUUUAGCCGGUCCUAUUCUACUCUACGGUCCGCCAAAAUUUAUAGCUGUUUAUGUUCCCAAAAUGUUUCGUGAUUUAUUAUA